CCCACAAAUCCGGUUUGAAAUUCAGAAGCAAAUAGUUAAUGUUGCUGUAGAAUAUACAUAACCCCUUUUCACCAGAACUGAAAGCUGAGAGAGAAUUGAUCCAUGGCUGGAACAUGGUUGGUGGAUGGUAACAGAAUUGCAACAAAAAUCAGGAGUGCAUCUGAUCCUGAAAGGGCGACAUGGAAAAGCAACCCAACCAAAUCUUGUCCUAAUUGCCAUCAUAUUAUUGACAAUAGUGAUGUGAAUCAAGAAUGGCCAGGGUUACCUCGAGGUGUCAAAUUUGAUCCAUCUGAUCAAGAGAUCAUAUGGCAUUUACUAACAAAAGUUGGUGUGGAAGAUUCAAAACCCCAUCCGUUCAUUAACGAAUUCAUUCCAACCAUUGAAAAUGAUGAUGGUAUCUGUUAUACACAUCCCCAAAAAUUACCAGGGGUUAAGGAAGAUGGAAGUGUGUCCCACUUCUUUCAUCGAGCUAUCAAAGCUUACAAUACUGGAACGCGGAAACGUCGAAAGAUCCAUGGUGAUCAUUUUGGUGAUGUCCGCUGGCAUAAGACUGGUAGGACCAAACCAGUGUUGUUGGAUGGUGCUCGAAGAGGAUGCAAGAAGAUUAUGGUUCUCUAUAUUACUAUGGCCAAAGGUGGAAAAGCGGAGAAGACUAAUUGGGUGAUGCACCAAUAUCAUCUAGGAACUGAGGAGGAUGAAAAAGACGGGGAGUUUGUUAUUUCUAAAAUAUUUCAUCAGCAGCAACAGCAACAAACCAAACAGGGUGAUAAAACUGAGCGGGAUUUACCUGAAAUGACUGAUACAAUGAUUGUUAAAGUAGAUCCUGUGACACCUGACCCUCCACGAAUAGGGAGGCAAUGCCAUGAAUAUGACCAAGGACAGGAUAAUACAGUUUCUUUCAUCAACCCCCCUGCUCAGGAUUUUUCAGCAAAGCAUCCUACAAUGCAGUAUGUUGAAGAUGAAGUUCAAGCUGAAUGUGAAAAUUCCAGUCACAAUGAUCUACCUGGUCAAGAAAACCAUGCUAAUCAGAUGUUAGAUAAUGAUGAUAAUAAUGACAAUGAUAAUCAUGCCGAGGAAGAUUCAAAAUGGUGGGAUGGUGAAUCGCAGUUUUUGUUGGAUUCACAACAGCUAGUGGAAGGGCUCUCUCUUUGUGAUGAGCUCCUUCAGAGCCAGUCACCAAAGAGGGAUGCUAAUGGUAAUGAUGGAAUACCAGACAACAAUUCCCGUCUCUCCGAUUAUGCUCAGUUGGGAGCAGAACAUCUCAAGAAGGAUCUGGAGGAAUGUCAAAACCUUGAAGGUGAUGACCCAAUAAACAUAGAACUCGAUACACCACCAGAGUUCCGUCUGAGUCAGCUUGACUUUGCAUCACAGGAUAGCUAUAUUGCUUGGGGUUGGAGCAAAGGUAACUGACUAAAUACUCGUCAUGAGUCAUGGAGAAGCACGUUGUAGAAUAUUUGUGAAAACUUUACCUUAUCAAUCUUUCAUUAUUUUGGGGCUAUCUCUACUGUAAAUUUUGGUGGGAAGCUUGAACCAUGUUUAGUGACGGUGGAGAUACUCGACCUUCUGGAGGUUGCUCUUCCUAGAACUUGAAUGCAACCCUUUUGUUUCAGC